UGAGGCCAGGUGAGGAGCAUUUCCUCCAAUCAGACUCGCAAGCGGCAGCAGAGUGUCAGAGCACGGUGACUCAUUUCUAUGACAAGUAAAACUAAUGGACUGACAACACUACUACAACUUUCCUUUUAUGGGCUUUUCUUGGCAAUCUUAAAAAACCUAGGAGGAAACUGACCAUCAUGUUUGAAAGCUCUGCUCCCUACUUGAGACUCUUGUUUGUCUUUGCGGCUGUGGUCUGUGCAGCUGUUGCACCAUUCAUCGUGCGCUCACAUGCUGCAAGAGCCAGUCGCACAACAACCCAUGUGGACAAUGGAGUGUCACACAGUGUCCUGAGACAAGUGUACAACCCAUACAGUCAACGUCUAUUUACUGCUCUGCCAUUAUCCGAAACUGGACUCCAAACUGGAACUCACGGUGAAACUGAUACAAGCAGGGAUUAUAAAAAAGCCUCGUCAAUCAUUUACCGUCAAUCAAACCCUCCACGGUUUACAGCAGGCAGCUUUAGUAACAAUCAAAACUCCCCAGGUCACAGAAACCCCCGAGAGGAAACAACUGGAGCGCAGGGCGAAGUGAGGUCAGCAAACAGCAUUUUCACCGGGCAAAGCUUUGAGAGAUGGCAAUCUGCAGUAAAACACCACCCAUUCCCUCGAGGAGCGGAGCGGGGUGGAAAUUCCCAUUAUUCACCCUCAGUGAUUGUUCGGAAAUCGUCUCGCGAUGAAUCUGCCGGUCCCUUUCAUCGGAUCUCUCGUCCUUCUCAAGUCUGGGACCUUAGCGAUCCUCAGAAAUCCUCCAACAAAGAAGGACUUCCUGGAAAUGUCCCUCCGAAGGUGGCUGAAGACCAAACAGUCUGGCAACCCUCUCGCUCGUCUCUUUUUUCAUCCCAGGCUGGUCGUUAUUGGAGUUCUUCACCGCCGACUCCAAGAUGGCAUUAUGGCGCCUAUGAAGAAACGAAUGAGCCGGCCGCGGUCGGGCCGCCGAGCACAUCUCGCAGGGUUCAAUCAAGCAAAUUUUUCGGCUUAGCGAGUCAAACUGUCCCUCCUGCGCCACCAAUCAGCAACAGCUUAGACACCACUGUUAAUGAAGGCAGUCCAAGCCCGGCGCCAUCCAUCACAGAUUUCUCCCAGGGGAUUCACUCUGUGAGCAGCAUCAAGACACCCAGACACAGAAAUGUCCAGUCUUAUCUGUUCAGGGACUCCCAGACCUCUUCCGAUGGACGCGAAAUGGUGAGCACAGCCACCGGUGAUGGACGCAGGGCUUUUCCCACAACACCGCACAAGCAAACCCCCUCUGAUGUUCAAGUUUUCAGCAGGUUUCCUCCCAGUUUUAAACAAUCACAGACAGAAGAGCCAACCAAGGAAGUGCAGCACCUCUCUAAUAAUGCCAAUCCACUGUAUAAUAAUGCCUAUAUGGCCCAGUAUGGGGUUCAGAUGGAUAGUUUUACCAUAAACCAACACACUACCCCAGAAACUCUUGCUCAUAUGUCAGUACAUCCUGCUCCAGGGUCAGACAACACCGUGCAAAGUUUCCGCCCCAGACCUCAUGCAGAUUUCCAGGGCGGCCUGGUUAAUGUGACCACAGGAGGAUCGAUGACUGCACACAAACCCGGGCAAACCGCUAAAAGCAUCUUUGGCUUCAGAGGAUUCAAAAAUGCUCCGCUGAGAGCUGCAUCUAUCCCCUCCUCCGAUGGCCCUACUGAAAGGACCCACUCUCGACGGCACAGCUUCGACAAAGGGAAGUUUAAAAUCGCAAACAUGCAUCCGUCUCAUUCAGGAAAGUAUAGUUUUGGCCAGAGAAAGGUGUCUACCACACCGGCAAAACUUGAGAGGACGCCCACAGAUGAUUCCUCGCCUCCUCCUGGCACUUUAGAUCUCGUCCAAACCACUCCAAGGCCGUUCCCGUCGAGAUUUAAGGAAGCCCAGCCUCUGAUGCCUGCUAGUGAUGUGGGUCUGGACGGCAUUCCAGAUCGCAGGCGGUACAGAAUCCACAGAAGGAUUUACGGCCUCAAAGGAUUUGGCACUCGACCACUCGAGGGAGCCAAAACUUCAGUUAGUGAACCAGAGAAGUCUACUGGAGGCCAGCGGGGUUUUGAAGGAUUUAGGCACAGAGAAUCGCAGAUCUGGCAACACAGGUGGCACAAUAACACAGAGCCAGGUAGCAGCCAUUUAUCCAAAACGACUCCAACUGAGCAAAACAGUGAAGACCUGAAAUCACUGCUAAAGAAGCCGGGAGGCGCUGAAGCAGACACCAGAUUUACGCCGGACAAGUACAGAAAUACCCGCAAAAUCUAUACCCAUCUGGGAUUUCACCCUGUCCAAAAGAGAACUGGAAGUGCUACAACUCAAACACAGUGGAGGCACAGAGAGCAAAAUCCAGCAACAGCAUCUGCAAGUCACAGGAUCUCCUCAGCUUAUCCCAGAUCAGCAGGAGGCCCAAAAUCCGAGCCAAGACCACCCGACAAAACCAAACCUUUCGCAAUGAAGCCGAGCCCGCUCGACGGCUCCAGCAGCAGCAGCAGCACAGUGAGGGGCAAACGUGUAAAAGCGAAACACACUUCUGUCAGAAAGCUCAAUGAGUCUACCUCCCUGACUUACGGCGCUGGAAAUGCACCCAUAGUCAGGCUGCUCAAGCGGCCCGCCAGAGUCAAAGCCGUCAUGUACACUGAUAUUCUGGGAAGCGCUUCAUUCAGUGGCGUCGGUGUUACACAGACACAAAUCACACCGGCCGAUAAGGAUGAUUUUCCAAACACUGCGGCGAGGACGAAGGAAAAACAAGCCGCGGGCGGUCGGACCUUGAACUCUGAGGCUGCUGUGCUUAGCAGAGACAAUACAAGCAGAGGUCCUGAAGAUGAGGUCGAUUUAAGUAGCGUCGAGAUGAACAAGUCGGCUGUUAGAGAUGUAGGAGAUGACGGCGAUAUGAAAACAUCUGAUUUAUUCCUGGACAGUGAAGGCAGUGGGAGUGGGGGACUAUUUAUGUAUGAUGCUUUUUCAGCUGAUCCCACUAAGAUUCAGGGAGUUGGUGAGGAUUUGUUAGAACUAGAUUAUCUACGAACGUCGACGGCGAACAUCACCUUCAAGUCGAUGAAACUGUCCCCCGCUGAGAAAUGAGAGAAACCUGUUGAAUUACUAUGUGGCAAUAAAAGUUGGAAAAACUUGG